UCUUUCCAGUAUCCAUUGUGUAAAGCCCUGGAUACUGCUGCAUCAAUAGCAGAGGAAUGUGCUAUAUCUAUCGUAUAGUGAGCAACUGAGCUGGCUCUAUAAAAGGAGCGAGAGGAGAGUGCCAACUCACCUCCAGCUGCUGAAGACCCGGGAGCAGGAAAAUGUUUGCACUCCUGAUUUGCAUCUUGACACUGCAUCAAGUGCACUCUGCCUGCAAUGUUCAAGACAUUUGCCCAGAAAACACAGCGGUUCAGUCUGAGAUUGUUGACAAGCACAAUGCCUUCAGGAGAGCGGUUCAGCCUACUGCUUCUGACAUGCUGAAAAUGAGUUAUAGUGCGGAGGUAGCAGUCAGUGCUCAGGCCUGGGUUGACAAAUGUAUUCUGGCUCAUGGUCCACCCAGCACCCGCAUGCUUAAUGGAUACGAAUUAGGUGAGAAUCUGUUCUAUUCAUCCUCACCUUACUCAUGGACAGACGCCAUCAAUGCCUGGCACAGUGAGGCAUCACACUACCUGUAUCCCAAUGGCUCCACCAACGGCCAAGCUAUUGGUCACUACACACAGGUGGUGUGGAACAGCUCAUACAGAGUCGGCUGUGGAGUGAAAUUGUGCCCUAAGAACAUUUAUUUCUAUGGCUGCCAUUAUUAUCGAGCAGGAAACUUCAGGCAAUGGCCACCUUAUAAAGCUGGACCUCCUUGUGCUUCCUGUCCCAAUAACUGUGAGGACAAACUCUGCACCAACCCCUGUCCUUACAUAAACAAAUACAUCAACUGUCCAACCCUGAAAGUCAAGACUGGAUGUAGCAAUGAGAUGGUGUAUGCCUGGUGUCCUGCUUCAUGCAAAUGCACCACUGAAAUCAUUCCAAUAGCCUAAAGAUAAGCCCUUAAGUCUGCAAAUUGUACUUAAACAGUUCAGACUAUUUACAUCUUUGUUGGUUCUCUGUCUCUCUAUCUAUGAAGCAAACUACUGCAACUAUGAUACAUUUCCUGUAAGCUUAUAAUAAUAUACCCAUAAUAUUGAUUGCAUAAAAUUAAAGGGAUGUUUUGGGAGUGUUUUAAAAUAUGUAUCUGUAAUUAAAACCCUUUGGGACAAUUCAUCAAAGUUUUGAGAAAUAGUCCCAGUAUAUAAAUAGAAAAUAUUAAUUCUACACAUAAUAAAGGGCUACAUUAAAAAGCAA